GUUUUUUACAUUUAGGAUAUUUUCUCAAUGAAAGUUAAACAUUUCAAGACAUAUAUAUUUAUAUAAAUGUGUAGACCUGUCUGAAAUGAAACAGAUGAAAUGCCAUAUAUUGCAUGGACUAUGUUAGAUGUGGUGAUUUAACAGAGGUUCUGGGAUGGCCACUAGGAACUCUGGGUAAGAGAGUGAUUGGCUUCAUAAUGACCGAGGCGUUUAUGUUGUAUGUGUAAUGUAGGCUUUGUGAAACACUGGCUUCUAAUCCAAUCAAGCUGGUAAUUAGUAUUUUGUAACUCAUCGGUGAGAAAAUAAAGCUUUCCCUUCAGUUUGUCUCUGAUUAAAACAUUACUGAAGCCAGUUACUCUGUGCAGCACUUGUGCACUGAGCUCUUUUGUUUUGGUUUGAGAAUUGAAUUGUGCAUGAACUAAGGUGUGAUGUCACACUCGGAAAUUAUUUCAUGCAAAUUUUAAAAAACACCCAGAACCAUCAACACACUUGCCCUUAAAGAACACCCAAAACCAUUAACAUUUGGCCCUUAAAAAAUACAGAGAACUGACAAUUGAACCUAAGGAUCUACAUAAAUCUUAAGUAGAUCAAGUAAGCUUAGCUUAAGUAGCUUAUAUCUACAUGUCAUUCACACUAAGUUCAUUUAAAUAUUAAUAUCAGUGAAGUAUUUUAUGCAGUUAUAUACAGAGAGUUUGUAGAAGUGAAUGUGUUGAAAGAUGCAACCCUAAAGGAGCCUCAUAUACGAAGGGCCGCAACUCUAACUGUAACAUGUUCUAAUUAUCUGCCCUUGACGAUCACGUUAUGUUGGUUCUGCAGCGGACAGCUCAACUUAUUUCCUGUUAUUUUCACAGUGCCAGGUUUUGUCCUGAGCACUUCAUCGCCGUCAGUAGAAGAGUGUGUUCUAGUGUUGCAUCAGACGAGAAGCUGAGCAGAUGGUCCUACUGGUCGUCCCGAUACAGACUGGCGUCUCACCGGGACACUCCGUUUGACUGGUUCUUGUCUGGAGAGACGCUUUACCCUGCCCUCCUGACCCAUCUCAGAAGACUGUCUCGCACACAUCACACGCUCCGCAUUAUGGAUGCAGGAUGUGGGAAUUCGGACGUCCCUUGUUGUCUGUACACUCAUUGCGUGGAGGUACCUAUCGAACUGCACCUUGUAGACUAUGUGAGCGAAGCUUUACAUACUCAGAAGGCCUGGCUUAGAGACAGGCAGAAAGGUCACCCAGCAACAAGUGUACACUGUGUGGAGUGUGACGUGACCAGGCUGCCUUACAGACCAAACACCUUCCACCUGGUGGUUGACAAAGGAACAACAGACGCCCUGCUGAAGGACCCCGUCGAUGGUGUACGGAGGAGUCACAAGCUGGUGUCAAGUAUGGUUGAUGUGCUGCAUCCGGGAGGUGUGUUUGUCCACGUGACGGACGAGGACCCAGACUCGCGGCACGGGCUCCUGGAGGAGGCAGUCAGGGGGACGGGCUCUGUCUUCACUUUCUCUGAACUCACGGCAGGAAACCACGAGUAUUUCAUGUUUCAAUAUAUUAAAGAGUCUUUAGUCCAAUAAACCAACGACACUU